AUGCAUUUCCCAGCUCAGCCGCUAGGGAUUCCGCCGCCGACAAACGUGAAGCUGAGCUGCCUGAAUCUCGACGUCGUGGUCACAUGGGAGUACAGCGAACAGGGACCACAAACCAGAUUCCUAGUACACAUCGAAGGGUCUGAAGGGGAACCCUAUCAGAACGAAACCACAGACCAUCGGUACGACCUGAGCGACUACAUCUGGGCGUCUGAAGAGCGCUACAUGGACAAUUAUUGCGUCACCGUGACAGCCGUAGAGGGGGGCAACCGAUCCAAACCGGUAUCAUCCGAAACAUUCUCCUUUAAUCGUUUAAAGAUGGUCAAAAUAGAAUGUGAGUUGGACUUCCCUCCCGUGGAUGUGGAUGAGAAGGAUUCAGGCGCCACAGUGAGCUUCGUGAAUCCCCUCCACCACUACGACCGACUGAAGCACGCUGUCAAGACGGGUCCUCCCACCUUUGAAUUCACGAUCUCGUCAGACGCUGGAAAUAUUACCGAGUCUUGCAAGGCGGGUGAGACAAUCUGCAAACGCGACAUCUCGUUUCCGGAGGGGGUGAAGAAGUGCGUCAGCCUGAAUGGAAGCUUGGUUCACGGGGAGCUUCGUCGCAACGUGUUGUUCACAAAGACACACGACAUCUGUGCCACUGCGUCGAUUGAGCUCCCUGCGAUAGCGCUCGCUAUAAUGCUGUUCCUCCUCUUCGUCGUAAUCAGUGCGAUUACUUUUCUGAUCUGCAAAGCAAAAGCCUGGACGAUGAAGCUACCCGGUCUGCCCUUGGCUCUGGAAGACUUUGAAGCUGCUAGAAACCACUGGGACAGGGAGUGUGAUCCCGUGUCCGGCACAAACUACAGUCCAUUGACCGUCGUCCCCGUGGAGCCCUGCAAGAACCUGUCGGUCAGCUCCGAGGACGGGGACAGUCUCCCCGAGGACGGGGACAGUCUCACCGAGGACAGCUGCUGCUACUCCUCCUCCUCCGGGGGGGAACUCGGAGAGGGAUACAGGGGAGACGAAGACUUCGCAGAGGACGGAGAGGAGAAGGAACGUUCUCCCUACGACUGCCCGCACAACCUGCCGCACAACCUGCAGGUGGACAUGGGGGACGGAGACAUGGUCACGGGUUACAGCGAGAGGGAAGGGCCGUCCUGAUUUGGGAUUUUGAAUUUGCACGGCGUUGGUUUUAACUCAUCCGGGAUCAGCCGUCACGAUCGUACCUAGGGGCUAACUAGGCACUAUAAAGCCUAAACGUUGCACUCAGGGAGGUAGAAGCUUUGCCAAGAAGACCCCUGAGAGACGCUCAAAAUCUUUUUUUUCUUUCUUUCUGACUGCACUGUUUAGAAAUGCAUUGACCUACAUGUUAAAGGACAAAUCCGGCGCAAAAUGAACCUAGUACAUGUGUACCGAGUCGACCGUUCUCCGGGAUAUGUUUU